CGUUCAAGUAGAUUAAUUGUCUGUAGCCAGACCGAUUUUGCAGGAUGUCAAUGAAAACUCUCCCCCUGGUUUUUAUUAACCUUGGUGGGGAGAUGCUUUACAUACUGGACCAGCGCCUGAACGCUCACAGAGCUUCUGAGGACAAGUCUGAGAAAGCUGCGGGAGUGUGGUCUGAAAAUGACAGAAAAAGAGUGAUGAACGACAUCGUCGGGACCAUGUUCAGUCAAGCCUUCAUGGAUGAAAUUCUUAAACCUCAGCUGCUGUAUUCACACAGGACGAUGAAAGUCGUCCUGACUCGCUUGGCGCACGUCUCGAUCAUGAAGUUGAACCCGAUCAGCAUGGAGAAGCUCUACGAGCUGAUGCUCAUGGCCUUCAAGUAUCAAGUCUUCCUCUGUCCACGCCCGAAGGACUUGCUGCUUAUUUCGUACAAUCACAUCGACACCAUCAGGGGAUUUGUGAAAGACACCCCGGCAGUUCUCAACAAAGUGGACGAGACUCACAGAAAGCUCAUCGAGAUCUACUCGUCUAUGACUGCGGGUGAAUUCCAGCUUCUCCGUCAAACUCUGCUCACGUUCUUACAAGACACACACAUCCGCGUAUCCAUUUUCCUCAAAAACAAAAUCCAGAAUCCCAAUGGGCGUUUCGCCCUGUCAACCUCGGGCCCAGUACCUCACGGAAUGGACAUUCCGGGGGUCAUUAGGAUAUUUAACAGGAAGGGACGAGAAAUGCGACAGAGGAGAUUCGCAUCGGGGGGGAGUUACAGCCACCCGACGAAAGAUGCAUCAUUUGGCCUGCAUGGGGACCGAGUCAUCAAAUUGGGCGUGAACAUGUACAGCGUAACUCUCGGAGGGGAAUCAUCCAAAGUUCCCUCAGUGAAGAUGGAUGCCUCUCCCAACCCAUUGGCGAAAGAAGAACUCAAUUUGCUGGCUUGUCUGAUGGGCACCGUUGAGAUUGAGAACGCGUCCUUUUGUGAAACUGGCUUUCAGAUCAACCUGCUUGCCUCAGCCCAAGAAGAGGAGGAAGGGGGAGCUUCAGGUGGAGCCAACGAGUCCGUGAUAAAUAUACAAGCCCUGAUGGAUGAACAUUCCACUACUCAGCUGGCUCAAAUCGCCAAACUUUUUGUUGAAGAAGAGGAGACAUCAAAUAAUGUGAAUAACAAUAAGGGAGAUGACCUGCUGGCUAUGAUGGAUGACCUUGGACCCUUGUAACAUGUUAAUUGUGGCAUCAAACCACACUUCACUAGAGUGUAUCCCAGCUAAACACAUUACUUAAAUUAUUGAAAUAAAGUUCGAAUUUAUUGCAGUCCACACUAUUCUUUUUAAAGAAUAAAAUAUUGAUUGUGGAUUAUUGUUUUGUUUUUUAUUACUUCCUUUGGAAAAUUCAUAA